AUGUUCGCUGUCAAUGUGUUUCUUUUAGGGUACAAUGUUCUUAAAAAUGCUAAAGCCGGUGUUUCAACUUCUACCUAUAAAAUUGUGUUAUUUGAUGCAUGCACGGAUCGUUUUAUUAUAGAACAAUUUGAUUUUUGCGCUGCUUCUAGAUUAGUAUGGGGAUUAAUUGGUGGCGCGAUGGUCUAUUUUAUAUUUACAUCCCUUGUGGCAGUUGCUUUGUACGUCGAGCUUCGAAGAAAAGGAUACUAUGCUUUAUUCACAGCAUUAUGGCAUUCACCAAUGUUUUUG